ACUGCUGGGCGUGGUCCACGCUGAGCUGUGCUGUUCUGGUGUAUCGGGAUUCCCAAAGAAAGCGACGAAACCGAGGCCUGAGCUCCUGGGGUGGUGGGCAGGGGCAAGGGAGCGGAAGGAAACAGACGAUGGAAAGGAACAACAUUAUUGACUUCAAGGCUUUGGAGAAAGAGCUGCAGGCUGCACUCGCUGCUGAUGAGAAAUACAAACGGGAGAAUGCUGCCAAGUUUCGGGCAGUGGCACAGAAGGUGGCUUCCUAUGAGGAGUUCAGGGGUAUUGUCCUUGCAUCACAUCUGAAGCCACUGGAGCGGAAGGACAAGAUAGGAGGAGAGAGGACUGUGCCCUGGAACUGUCACACUACUCAAAGAGGGACCUCCCAGGACGAGGCCACUGAAAUCUCCCAGGAGCAAACCCUUCUCCAGCCUGAGACCUCCGCAGAGUUCUACCGUGCUUGGCGGCGGCACCUGCGCAGUGGGCCAGAGCGCUACCACGUCCUGCUGCGGCUCGGAGGCCCAAAGCUGGGUCACCUCUUCCAGACAGACGUGGGGUUUGGACUUCUAGGGGAGCUGCUGGUGGCGCUGGCCGAACACGUGAGGCCAGACGACCGGACGGUGGUGCUAGGGAUCCUGCGUAGCCUGGCCGGCACCGGGCGCUUCGCCCUGAACUUGAGCCUGCUGAGCCAGGUGGAGAGGGAGGGCUGCCGAGGCCUGUUUCAGAAGCUGCAGGCCAUGAAUCCUCUCCGGCCCACAGAGGAGGGGCUCAGCCAGGAGGAGGAGCGGCUUGCUGGGCUCCAGGAGGAGGAAAGGCUCUUGCAAGAGCUGCUAGCGGUGUACCAGGUGGAUUGACAGGGCCAGUUACCUGCAGAGGUGCCCAGUGGUCACUGGAAGCUUCUUUUGCUUGUUGUCCUGGGGCUCAUGCCCCAUGAGAAGCCCACACCCGAUUUCCUUCUCAGCUUGGGAUUUUCAGAGCAAAUAAAGGAAUCAGAUCUUCCUGAC